CAGGGUGCUCUCGGCAGUCUGCCCCGCCGCCUGGCGGCGGCCGUGGUGGCCCUCGCCUCCGUGGCCGUCGUGGCAGCCGCGCUGCCCUUCCUCGGCGCCGCCCGGCACGAGGGCGGGGGCUUGCCAGACAGGGCCCCGCGCGUCGAGCUGGAUGCCGCCGCCCGUGGGCAGGCAGGUGCCCAGGCGCUGAUAGAGGCCGCCGCGAGGGCAACCAAGGACGCGGCUCAGCAAGAGACUACCGCCGCGAAGGGAAGGAGUGGGCCCUCGACCUGCCCGCCAGGCACCCUCGUCCGCUACUUCCCCAACCUGGACAGGCACGUCGUGGCGCCGCUCGCCCGCAGUAAUCGCACGGUGGACGUGUACCUCAGCCUCAGCGUCGAGGGCUUCAUCUCCUGGCGAAGCCAUGGGAAUAGGUUCGUCAUGCACCCCGCGUACGUGGGGAAGGACCUGGACGAGGUGAAGGACAUGAUCGUCGAGGGGAUACGCGAUCAUGGGGGCACCGCGGCCGCAGUGAGGA